CAGUCCAGCCUACCCAGUUGGCUGUCAGUAUCGGCCUAACUUGCACUUGUCCUCCCCCGUGCCAUCCACCCGACCUCUCUUGGCCCGCCAGACUGAGUCUGCCCACCCGAUCCCCUCCCCCCGUCACAUCUUGGCUACUGGUUGGCCCAUACAUAUAUUUGCUGUCGUGCUCUCCGGACAUCCCGCCGUUUUCUCCCUGCCAGUUGGCAAAUAAACCCCCUCCAGCCGGUGUCAGCCAAGUAUUACGACGAGGUGGACAAACACGUCGUCGUCGCCCACCCAAUCGCUAUACAUAAGGCCGUCACUGGCACUGGCAUCGCAAAAAGAAAAUGUCGCUCAAGCAAGAAAUCGAAACCUGGGUCCAGGCCCUGGAACAUUUCGAUAACCAGGAAUAUGACCUCGCUUUGCGAUCGUUUGCGAAUAUCGCCGAUACUUCCAAGAUCCUGUUCAAUUGCGGCGUCAUCUAUGCUACGCUAGGUGAACAUGAAAAAGCAGUUAUGUGCUACCAGAGCGCCGUGAGCCUGGAUCAAUACCUCGCCAUUGCCUACUUCCAGGAGGGCGUAUCGAAUUUUCUCCUGGGCGACUUCGAAGAGGCACUGGCUAAUUUCAAUGACACAUUGCUGUACCUGCGAGGCAACAAUUUCAUUGACUACGAACAGCUAGGGCUGAAGUUCCGUUUGUAUUCGUGCGAGGUCUUAUUCAAUCGCGGCCUCUGCUACAUUUAUCUACAGCAGGUUGGGCCAGGUAUGCAGGAUAUUGAGUUUGCCUCCAAAGAGAAAGUCACACCAGACCACGAUGUUAUCAACGACGCUAUUAGAGAAAGAGCAGAAGGAUACACUGUGUUUUCUAUUCCAGUAGGAGUGGUAUACCGACCAAAUGCGGCCAAAGUCAAGAAUCUCAAGAGCAAGGACUACCUGGGCAAGUCACGCGUGGUCGCCACGAACCGAAUGAGCACACCAGUCGAAACAACCCAUAGAACAGCAGAUAGCGUGCCAUUUGCGACAUCGCACCUAGUCCAAAAGAACUUAACGAGCCGCAGCCGUCAGCAAUCAGAGCCUCCCAUGAACCGAAAUCUCUUCCCACCUACACCACCCCCAGACACAGACAAAGCAAGUCUCAGCAGCUCAUCCGGCAGCAUCGGCGGGUCUAGCAACCGCACCCAACCUACAAAGGCACAACGCCCACCGAAACUCGAUCUUGACCGUCCCGGUGCCCAGGUAGCUGGAAUGAGCAGCACGGACCUUAGCGCCCCAGAGAAGCCGCGCAUUGGAACAAUCCGCACAGCGUCGGAGCCGCGGGGCUCCGCACGACCACCUCGUGGAUAUGCGCCAGAGAGACAAGGAUAUCCGCGCGAAGGGCAUGGCCACCAGCGGGGAGUGAGUGACACAGGAUUUGGGAUACAGAUCGGCUACUCCGACGACCCGUACGGAGGGUAUGGUGAAGCUCGAGUAAUGGCGCUAGCGAAUGGCGGACGACAUUUCCAACAACAAGGCUACAUCGACGAGGAAGAGGAGUACGGAAGCUCACCAUGUGAUGAGGAUGUACGGCCAGAUGCAGGGUUUGAAAUUAUGGGUUCGCAACAACGAGCACGAUCAUGUAGCCGCGGCCCGGCGCAUGGGUAUGCACGCCGACCGGAGGUGCGCAAGUUCCGAGUCAAGGUGCAUUCAUCAGAGGACACGCGAUACAUAAUUAUCGGCCCGUCGGUUGGGUUUGCAGAGUUUGAGGCUAGGAUCCGGGAGAAGUUUGGCUUCCAGAUGGCGCUGAAGAUCAAGAUGCAGGAUGAGGGGGAUAUGAUCACAAUGGUAGAUCAGGAAGAUCUUGACCUAUUGCUCAUGGCGUCAAAAGAGAUUGCCCGGCGAGAAGGAAGUGAAAUGGGAAAGAUGGAGAUAUGGGUUGAGGAACGACGGAUGAUUUAAGCGUGAGCGAGUUAUACCCUGCAUAUGUGUUUCUGUAUAUACUAGCAUUUAUACCCAUAAUGAUACCAGGUCUCUAUUUUAGUCAAAUAGCAAUAAAUAAUCUUAAUUUCUCCUCGUCGGCGUAACUU